GAAUGACGACGAGCAUUUGGCAACAAGCCACUGUUGUUUUCCAGAAGAAUUUCUCUAUCUAUUACCAAGAGAGAUAAUUCAGACAAGAGUUCUUCGUAGCUCUUCUUGUUUUCAUUAUCCUCCUCGUUGGAAGUAACAAUAGACAGCAUAUCCUACAAUAGAAGAAACAUCCAGUCCUGCAUUACUUUAAAUUGGGGCAGAGUUUUUACCAAUGACUCUUUUGAUAAGUUCGAGGUACAUAGUCACAGCAAUGAUUUCAGAAAAAAGCGACAGAUAAAAAGAGAUUUAAAAAGUAAUCCUUCUUCAUCAAGUAUCUUUAGAUCAUGGGUCUCAAACAAUCAGCUUAUUAGUUAGGUUGGCUCCUCUUCAACCUUGCUCGAAUAAUGGCUGUCUCAAUAUUCUUUCUUGCUCUAGUUGUACCCACAGGAUGUUUUGGACCCCAAUCAAUAACAUACACAUAUGGUUCUAUUGAUAUAGAGAUCCAAUUCUUUAAUACUAUCUAAUAAAUUGGCAGUUAUCUGUUGUAUGCAAUCGGAUUGACCGCAUAACAAUAUUUUUUAACAACAUUGUUUGAUCAACCAAAAAAUGGAGCAGAUUUAUCAAUGUUACUCAACAUUUUUGGAUCACUGUGUUCAGCAUUGCUUAGCAUCCCCUAUUUUUAAAAGUAAUUUUCAUUAUUAACUCUAGGCAUUCCUGGAUAGUAAUCCUUUUCGGAAUUAUAUUUCCAUCAUUUUUGUUUGAUACCUACCCUUACAAUUAAGUACUAGGAACCAUUAAUAAAGGCACUACACCACCUAUAGGAAUUCCCCUCUAUUUUGGAUUAUAAGGGGCUGAAAUACUGUUUUAUGGACUUUUAUAUUUAUAUUUGGAGUAAGUUCUGCCAAAUGAAUAUGGAACAAAUAAACACCCCUUGUUCUUUAUUGGGAAAAAUUACCAAAUUCAAGGGGAGGAUGUUUCAAAUCAAUACGAAUUAACCAAUAUGAAUAAACCCAUUAUUGGUACAAGAUAAUCUGAAAUAUAAGAAGACAAUAGUUCAGCUAUCUACCAUGAGGUUUUUGAUAAUCCUAAAUAAGUCAAGGUAAUGAUUAAUUUAUAUGCUUUAAGAGAGCUAUAUCAAUAAAAAAUGUGAAGAAAAGCUUUAAUGAGCUUAUGGCAGUCAAUGGUGUUACACUCUAAAUCUAUGAUUCUUAGAUUCUCUGUUUAUUAGGUCAUAAUGGAGCUGGAAAGACCACUCUCAUUUCAAUAUUGACAGGUCUAAUAAAAAGAGAUAGUGGAGCCAUCGCGUAUUAUGGGACUGACACCGAUUUUGAUGUAAUUAGAAAUUAUUUGGGAUUUUGUCCUUAAAAAGAUGCUCUAUAUGAUAGUUUAACUUGUGAUUAGCAUUUGUAAUAUUAUGGGAAGAUAAAAGGAAUAGAUGAGAAGGAACUUCAAAUGGAAAUAGAUUAGAUAAUCAAUAAAUGCGAUCUCUUAAACGAUAGAACAAAAUUAGCUAAAUAAUUGUCAGGAGGAACGAGAAGAAAAUUGAGUUUGGCCAUUUCAUUGAUUGGACAAUCCAAGGUUGUAUUUCUUGAUGAACCAACAUCAGGAAUGGAUCCAAUAUCAAGAUAAAAGAUUUGGGAGAUUUUAAUACAAGUCAAAAAUGAAGGUAGAUGUCUGGUACUGACAACUCACCAUUUAGAUGAAGCUGAAGUCUUAUCAGAGAGAUUAGCCAUCAUGGCCAAAGGUAGGUUGCUCACAGUAGGAUCUGUUGAAUUUAUAAAGAUGAACUUUGGAAUUGGAUAUCAUUUGAGUUUGUAUGAUAAAACAAACAAUCCAUAAGUGUGGAGUGAAAAGAGUAAGAAAAUUGUUAAUGUGGUUCAACAAUUCAUUCCUCAAGCGAAAUUGAAUAGUUAAACCUCUUAAGAUAGUAUGAUAUUUCAAGUGCCUUUCAAAUAGAAGGAGAAGUUCUUGCCAUUAUUUGAAUAACUUGAAAGGGAUCCUUCGAUCUAAGUUAAUCUGAUGAUGAAUACUCUGGAAGAAGCAUUUAUCAAUAUCGGUAUGGAUGAAGAAUCCUUCCUUGAUAAAGCAUCAGGGAAACAGACAACAAAUGAAGAUUCAAAAAUCAACAUUGACAUAACAGAUGAAUUCAACAAAAUCAUACCUCCUGAAUGUUUGAGUAGACCACCACAAUACAAUUUUGGAUUGCAACUCUGGGCAUGUUUCCUUAAAAAACAUUAUACAAUGACAGCCAAAAGAUAUAUGAUGUGUUUGUUUAUGCCUUCAUUUUUUGCUAUUGUAGCUCCGAUAGUUACAAAAAUUACAUACAAUGCAAUAGAACCAACAUUAGAUGACAAUGUCAAUAAGAAUGUAGUUUUCGGAGAAAUUGCCUUAAUUGAUACUUAUGUCUACAUAUUGAUGGGGGCAUCUAUGGCUAGUUCUUAAAUUGGAAGUGCUCCUGUUGAGGAACGAGAAAAAAAGUAGAAAUAUGCUUUAAAUGUGAUGGGAUGCAGAACAUUACCAUAUUGGCUAGGAUAUUAUUUUUAUGAUAUCACAGUUUGCAUCUUUUUGUUGAUUUUAUUUAUCAUAGCAGUAAACAUUUGUGGUGUUGAAGCAAUUAAUAAUGGUAAUGUUUAUGGACUUGUAUUUUGUUGUUACUUAGCAUAUUUACCUCUAAGCUAUAUUUUGUCGUGGCUAUUUACUUCAUUCUUAUCAGCAGUUAGAUCCUUAGUAUUCAUUCAAUUAUUUGGGUUCUUUAUGAUUGCUUCAGUAAUUUAUAUAGUGAGCAUAAAAGUUGAGGGAGUUCUUUGGAUUUUAUCAUUUUUAUGUCCUUCAUUAGCUACUUUUAGUGGAUUCGUCGCAGUAUAUAAUUAGAUUGCCAAGGAUAAUAAUGUAACCGAUGGAGAUAUAUUUGAAAAUGUUUAUCCAUUUGUCUUUAUGAUCAUCAUGCUCCUUUAAGCAUGUCUCUAUUUCUACAUAACUUAUUUGAUUGACAAUAGAGAACUCUUAGGUGCUCAAUCUGGAGGAGUCCUAAGCCUGAAUUAGGACGAUGAUGUAAUUUAAGAGGAAAAACGAGUUGAAGUUCAGGAGUGUUAAGACAGAGUAAUUGCCAGGAAAAUAUCAAAGACAUAUGCCAAUGGAUUCUAGGCAGUAAAGGGAACAUCAUUCGGUGUAGAACCUGGAUAAAUCUUUGGACUAUUGGGUCCAAAUGGGGCUGGCAAAUCAACUACUUUUAACAUGAUUACUUCAAAAUUGAAGCCAUCCACAGGAACUAUUUUAUUAGAACAUUAGGAAGUUAAAAAAGGGUUGGGAGAUGUGUAUCAGAAUGUGGGAAUCUGUCCUUAAUUUGAUAGUCUAUAUGAUAUAGUUAAUGUUAGAAAACACUUACAAAUUUGGGCGUAUCUUAAGGGUUUGAGAGGAGAAGAUGUGAAUUAAACAAUAGAAUACUUUAUGAAAGUGAUGUAAUUGACAGCGUAUGAAAAUACAUUGGCUUCGAAAUUGAGUGGAGGGAAUAAAAGAAAAUUAUGUGUUGCAUUGGCUUUGAUGGGUGGAACCAAUAUGCAAUUUUUUGAUGAACCUUCCUCAGGAGUAGAUCCAAUUGCAAGAAGAUUUUUAUGGAAUGCAAUACAAUAAGGAGUCAAAUUAAGGUAGAGUUCUGUUAUUUUAACUACUCACACCAUGGAUGAAGCUGAAAGUCUUUGUAAUAAGAUUGCAAUCUAGGUUAAUGGUAGAUUUGCCUGUUUAGGAUCGGUUCAGCAUUUGAGAUAAAAAUUUGGAGAUGGAUAUCGAGUUGUGAUUGAACCAAUAAAUAAUCUAGUAAUUUUUUGUGUAAUAUCAUUAGUAAGAUAAUAAUGCAACCAUGCUUUAAUUGAUUUCUAAGGAUUAUUAGAAAAAUAGACCAAACAUUAUUUAGGAGAUUACAAAGCAUUUUGGCAAUAUUUAUAUUAUGGAUGAUGUGCAUUCGGGCAAAAUUAUCUGCAAGUUCCCAUUGGCUGGAUUCUAAUUCCAUUAGACUUUUCAUUUCUUUUAAGAGAAACUGCAAAAGGAAUUGCAAUUGAUUAAAGAUUUUCAGAUUAGUCAACCUAAUUUGGAACAGAUCUUUAUGCAAUUUGCUGCUUAAUAAACUAUAGAGGAAGUAGUGUAAAAAUAAGAAUCUCAAAAUCGCUGUCAUGUAGUUGCAUUAUGUGGAAAUGACGAAGAUGAUUGA